UCAAAAGAAGCAGCAGCAACAGCAGCCAACAGUAGUAGAAAAGCGUGGAAAAGUGCAGAUAAGUUUCAAGUUGAAUUUACGUAUAGAAAAUAUCUUGAAAAACAGACAAAAAUCCUGACGCAGCUGAUUAAGCGCCAGAAAAAUUUCUGAAGCGCUGACUGUUCGCAUGUGAAGCUAGUAAAUUCAGUUUGCUAAAGAAAUAGCGUAAAAAUUGUUUUGCUAUAAAGCGGCAGUGGUUCUUGUACAGAUUACAACGCGUAUAGGCAGGCGAAAGCAAAUAUAGAGCCUACAAAGACGGCGACGACGACGACGACCACCAGAAGAACACAGAGUAGAGUACAGGAGGCGAGUCAAUAGCUAUUAUAGCAACAACAACAACGACGACUACAGUAACAGCAACAGCGGUCGACAACUGCUUUUGGUGCUUCUUUUUUGCAUUUUGUUUUAUUGGCGCAUACACCCGUCUUGGCAGUUAACGCAGCGCAGCGCGCGUGUGUGUGUGUGUGGGGGAGAAAACAACUAUAGGAAAGCCAACAGCAGCAGCAGCAAAGGAGCACAACAUUCAGAUUUUCAAGUCGACUACACGGUGUGUGACAGUGCUUAACAUUGAAAUAUUAAUUUGUUAAAAACCAGAAAAAGCAAUAGGCGCGACAAGAAGCUGCAUUUGAUAAUAUCAACGCAGAAAUUCCGAAAAAUCAAGUGUGUAAUUGUUUCACUAAAAAGGAGCUGAAAUUGCAACAGCAGCUGAGAAUUACUUGUGAAAAAGUGAGAUUAGUGCAUCAGAAGAAAAUCCAAAAAUAAAAAUAUAAAAUGGAAAAGAGAAUAGAACUGGAAAGACGCGCACGUAAAGCGAAUCAGAUCACAGAUUUAAAUCUGGAUAAUUGUCGGAGUACAAGUAUUGUGGGCCUUACAGAUGAGUACACUGCGCUCGAAUCGUUGAGCUUAAUCAAUGUUGGUUUAACCACACUAAAAGGUUUCCCCAAGUUGCCCAAUCUCAAGAAACUCGAACUUUCCGAUAACAGAAUAUCAAAUGGCCUCAACUACUUGACUACAAGCCCCAAAUUACAAUACCUUAACCUGUCGGGCAAUAAAAUUAAGGAUCUGGAAACACUGAAACCUUUAGAGGAAUUCAAACAACUCGCUGUUUUGGAUUUGUUUAAUAACGAAGCAACACAAAUUGAUAAUUACCGUGAAAAGAUUUUCGAAAUGUUGAAAUCUUUGAAAUUCCUGGAUGGCUUUGAUGCGAACGAUGUGGAAGCGCCUUCAGAAGAUGAUGAUGACGAGGUUAACGGCAACGAUGGCGAAGAUGAUGGUGACGACGAUGGCGAGGAAGAAGACACGCAAAAAGCGUUUUGUUUAAAUGGUAUUGAAAUUGAUUUGGAUGAGUUGGAAGAGUUUGAGCAGCGUGUAAAGGCAAAGAAACAGCUUCAGGGCAACACUGCUGCUGCGAAAAAUCAAAAGACUGUUGAUGAAGUUGAUGACUUAGAUGAAUUGUUGAAGGAAAUAAAAUUGAAAGAUGUGGCAACAAGUUCUAACUGUGAUAAGCUAUCCACGGCAUCUCAGGCCACAGAUGCAAUAUUGGCCAAGCCAACGGAUGCUGAAACAGCGAAUGCACCGCCAUUGCCUUUUGCUCUUAUACUCUAUUGGUUUUUAGCGAUACUUAAUCUGGCAAAUGCCACGUUUUAUUCCUGCGAUGAGGAGGACUAUGCCAGCUCGUAUGUAUCCACAUCUGACGUUUCGUUAUCGGAGGUGUAUAAUGAAGAUCUGGAAGAGGAUAACUCCGAAUGGGAUGAAGAGAAUGCAGCUGAAGAUGAAUUUGAGGAUACCGAUGACGAUGAUAGUGAUGAGGACGGCGAAGGAGAGGGGGGAAAUGCGUCUGCUAAGGGUAAAGCAGGCAAGGAAAAAUCGUCAUCCAAUUCCGCCGCUGCAAAAGCAGAAACCGCUGAAGCAAAUAAUACCGCUACCGCUGAUGGCGCUGCUGAAGAGGAGGAACCGCAGGCUCGGGGAAAGAAAAGAAAGCACGACGGUUAAAAAGUGCUUUAUAAUGACGACGCAUCAUCGUAGCAUUUGUUUACAAAAAUCCAAUUAACGUUUUUCUACAAUUUUAAUUUAACAAAGAAAGAUAUAAUAACAAAAACCACAACUAAAACAAAAACAACACAUGUCUAUAUCAGUUUAUACAUUAAUGAGAAGCGCAAACAAAUCAGCCAGCAGCAAGUUUGAAAGAUUCAAGUAAUACAAUAAAUAUUGUAAACACGGCGUUUAUAUUUAUCAUUAAAAUAUUACUAUAGAUUUUCAUGAAAUAGCAGCAACCACAUACACAUACUACUACUAUUAUUACAACAAAAUAACAAUAACAACCAACCACAUGCAACAAGCAAAAACAAUUAUUAUAAUAUUUAUGCAUAUUAGAACAUUUUGGUGGCGCGAAAAAAUUUUGUAUGUAGGUAUAGAAGAAAAAAAGAAGAGAGACAGAAAUGGAAAGCCAAGCAAUUGAUGCAAACGUCAACAAAGGCAAGCACAUAUACUUACGCAUAUGGAAAUGUUUUUGGCGUUGGCGCAGCAUCCAAGAAAAAAACAACAGCAUGGCAAAUCAGAAUGUUAGUAAAAAAGAGUACAUGAUAAUUAUUAUAAAGAAGAAAAGUUAUUAAAAUAGUGAUUAUUUUAAGCAUGACCUAUAUAAGGAAGAAUGAAAGAAAUGAAAAAAAAAAAAAAACAAUUCAACGAUGGCAUGAAAAGGGAAAUUUUAUGAAGUGCAAAUUGUACAACCUCUAGAAACACCAACAACAAUAACCACACUGCAAAAGUAUAUAUCCUAAAAUCAUAAAAGAAAUUUGCCUAACAGCUGAGGACAAUAGUAAUUUUUGCAUGUGAAAUGUGAUGUCAGUGAGAAGAAUGUGCUAAAGAACAUUUUUCAGUGUCUUAGCUGUAGAGCUGUUGGGUAAUUACAAAUAAAUCAAAAGAAACAAGCAGAAAAAUAACCGGGUAAGAAGUAACACCAGCCGGCGUAUUAACAAUAAAAAACAAAAAAAAAUUGUUUAUUGUUUAGUAGCAUUAAUUAGUUACUUAUACAGUAAGUUUAUUAAUAUAUAUGUAUACAUACAUACCAACAACAGCAAAAGAGAGCAAUGCAUAAGCAACUAUUUCCUUAAAUAAGA